AAAUCAAAAUGGUCAUCGCAUAAUCGUCCAGCCGUUCGCCAUCGAAUCGGUAAAUCUGUUGCUGGCUAGUGUGACUCACUAAUAUUUCAUUUUGUUAAAUAGGAAUAUGAUAGAUAAUUUUUUCCCUGAGUAUUUAACUUCAUUAACCGUGUUUUGACGUUGCGUGUCAUGUGUGAAUAGCAACUUAAAGCAUUAGUGUAGUGUUAACGAAUUGAAGAUUGUCCUGAAGCGUACGGUGUGAUUGAUAUCGUGUUGUUUUAUAAGUACAACGGAUUUUUAAACAGAGAUGCAGGCGAUCAAGUGUGUUGUAGUUGGUGAUGGUGCCGUCGGUAAAACAUGUCUCCUCAUCAGUUAUACAACGAAUGCCUUCCCGGGAGAAUACAUACCUACAGUGUUCGACAACUAUUCGGCGAAUGUGAUGGUGGACGGGAAGCCAAUCAACCUGGGUCUCUGGGAUACGGCUGGACAAGAGGACUACGAUAGGCUGCGACCACUCUCCUACCCGCAGACGGAUGUCUUCUUAAUAUGCUUCUCGCUCGUCAACCCUGCCUCCUUCGAAAACGUCCGCGCUAAGUGGUACCCUGAAGUGAGGCAUCACUGUCCAUCGACCCCCAUCAUCCUUGUGGGAACUAAGCUCGAUCUCCGUGAAGACAAGGACACCAUUGAGAAGUUGAAGGACAAGAAACUUGCUCCCAUCACCUGGUCGCAGGGCCUAAGCAUGUCCAAGGAGAUUGGUGCAGUGAAGUACCUAGAGUGUUCGGCGCUGACGCAAAAGGGCUUGAAGACUGUAUUUGAUGAGGCGAUACGAGCGGUACUCUGUCCCGUACAACCGCUGAAGAAGAAAAAGCCAACCUGUAAUAUUCUAUAAAGAGCGAGUUUCAGAUAGCAUAGACCAGCAGAGACUAGACGCAUCAGCACAUGGAUGAAUGGUCUGCAAAUGCAUUGAUAGAUGUUAAUCCUCUAAUGUUAAUAUAAUCAUUAAUGUAACGUGGUGUGAGUGAGGUCCGUUUUACCGCUUUUGUAUAAUCUGUGGAAUGACAUUGACAGUUGUCUAUGGUAAAAUAUGGCAGUGGUUUUAUACAGUUUCAAAUAUUUUGGGUGCUUUCUCUGACACUAAAAUAGAAUAAAUACAUUCCUACAUUUAAUUAAAUGCUAUUUAAUGCCCACCAUUUGUUUUUGUGUCACAUUUUGGAUAUUUUCUCGUGAAUCAGGUUUUUACGUGGAAUUGUUGAAAUUUAUGUUAGGCAGAGAUUAUAUUUUUCGAUUAUUGCUUAUUUUGUUUUCAAUUGUUGUAUUUCAUAUUCGAUAAGUACAUAUUCAGUAUUCGCUAAGAAUUUAUAUUCGUAUGAUGUAAGAUUAACUAUCUUUAACGUCGGCAAAUUCAAUAUCAAAAUGGAGCCAUAAUGGUACAAAUGUUCGGACAUCGUUUAAUGUUGUGAAACUUUGAGGCACCCGUUUGCGGGCUUAAGUACAUAUCGGAAAGCUAAGCUUAAGCAAUAAGCCGAUACUAUGAUAUCUUCACCAAUACCGACCUUAUAAAGGUGUAAAAUAUUAAUCUGAAAUUAAUGAAAUGCCAAGCAGUAAGUUCAUAAAAUGACACAGAUUCUUAUAUAGUAGUGCACAAAAAUUUGUCCCGUACUUCGUAAAUUCCCGUCUUAAACAUAUUGCUAAAUUUAAUUAAGAAUACAGUACAAUUUUAAAUCAGCUAAUGUAUAGUGGAGAUAUCAUAUUACUAUUGCAUUACACCGCACAAUUUAUGUAUAGCAUUGUCCGGCCGAAUUCAAAUAGGCGUCUUCGGUCGUUAGGUUAGUAUGGGGAGAUAAUUCGCUAUAUACCGGGUUUAGGCUUUAAUUGACUCGAUUCGAUGGCCUCUAGCUAUUUUAUAUCUAUGUACCGAUUAUGGUUACGUUAAUUACUGUCUAAAUCCACUCCUAAGGUAAUAUUAAGUAGAUGUAACGAAUACGACGCGUCUAAAGUGUGUGCAAUUGUUACUGCUUGACGUUUCGAUUCUUUCAUUCUGACGUUUCGAUGCCAUCAAUUGUUGUUAUUAAAUUUUUGAAAAUAGAACUAGUUGCUUGGAGCGUGUUAAGAGACAAUAUUUUGUCGUGUGUGAAAGGUUUAUCGAGUUUUACAUAAUAUUGCAACACUCAAAUACAGUUGGUACACCGAAGAAUUGUUAUAGAACGAAAAUAAAAUUUGAGGCCCUAAUUUUAUUAACAGUUAAUAUAGGCAUAACUUCUGUCAAAUGCCGAAAAAAGUGAAAUAUUGUCUCAAAAGCACUUUUACUUUAAAGCAUCAACAAUUGCACAAAAUACUAAAUAGUUAUUAGUAAUAAGGUUUUAAUGUAUUGUUCAGAUGCAAAUAUUUAGAAGAAUCAGCAUGUAAAUACAUUUAGUGUAAGUAAUUUCGAACGCACCAUUCGCAAUGGUGUUGCAUUUUUAUAAGUGAAUUAUUUCAUAAUGGGCUUGUACACAUAUUAGUUAAAAUAUAAUCAUUACUAAUAUACUUGUAUUAGUUGAUAAUGAAUUGUCAAAGCUGUUAUAUUUUCACUCGUUUGUUAUCAAAUUAUAUAUCAUUAAAUAAUUUCAAUCGUAUAAUUGUUUUAAUAAUGUAAUCCACACUUAGUAUUGCUAUUUUAGUCUAAAUUUAUACAUUUUGUAAUCUGUGUAUAAUUGGUGUUAGGACAUAAAUUUGUUAACACCUUAACGUCGUACUUUUUAUUGUAUGAUUUCACCAAACGUCGCAAGAAAUAUUAAGGAUACAAUUAUCACAAGUAUGAUAAGAAAUCAUACUUCUUUAGAUAAUUUGAUUAAAUAAUAUAAUAAACAGUGACAAUUUCCAAAAAGUCAUCGCAAAUCAAAAUGGUUGAUCUAAUGUCUGAGUCUAUGCGCAACCUAAAAAAAGAAUGAAUACAAUAAAAUGUGUGGUCGGUAAGAAAUAUUUGUUACUAAUAAUUGUGUAUUCGAUAAAUGUCCCGCUUUUAGUACAGCUUGUAUAUUAUUUUUAUACACAUGUAAGGAACGCUGAUCGCAAUGUCGAGUAUCUCUUCCAAAUAUUGUGAAGCCUCUGAAUAAUUCAAAAUAUAUUUAUAUUAACUGUUCAAA